AUGACACAAAUCAUCAAGAUCUGGCCAUUUAGGUGUGAAGUUGCUAUGGGUUGCCUUGGGGUCAUACUUCCAGCACUUGUGCUUGGUGAACAUCCAGGAGAAGAAAGUGGCCCCAACCUGUUUGGAGUCAUAUUUACACCUUGGAGGGAUGCUGUACCCCAGUCCUCAGGUAACAAAGUCCUGUGUGAGCCACAGCUGUGCACCCAUGUGCAGGGACUCAUAGCACAUGUGUUCAGAGGAACUGCACUGUGGUGUGGACCCUCUGUUCCAGAGGGUGUUCACAUGCCAUGUAGACUGCCUGUAUUUCCAGCAUUUGGCACUUGUGCUGGCAAAGGAACAAGCAUGUGGAACCUGCUAGGGUGUCAAGAACUGUGCCUGAGCACUGCACCAGUGGCCACACUGUGUGGAAUGUUGCACAGUGGUAAAGAAGUUUGGUGGACAAGGAGCAGCCAUUUUGAGAGAAAACAACUUGAACUCCUUGACUGGAUAGAUAGGUGA